AUGGAACACAGUGAGGCACUGCCUUGGAGCGGUCCUUCUCAUAAAUGGCUGCGUAACUUUUUGAAAAGGCACAAGGAGGUAUCGCUUAGAAAGCCGCAUGGUCUCUCGAGAGUACGUUCGAAAGUUACUAAUGAGCAAAUCAAUGAGUUUUAUAAAUUGCUGGAUGAAACACUUCAAAAACUCAGAAUCAAGAAUGAUCCAACGAAGAUUUUCAGUUUUGAUGAGACAGGGCUUCAUCCAAAAUGUUUGGUAGGGAGAAAAAUAAUUAUAACAAAAAGCUCUAAACAUCUGUACCAGCCUACUGUUUCCAUUAGUGGUGGACACAUUACGUUACAGUUAGCUAUAUCUGCAGCUGAUAAUACUGCUGAUAAAGCCCCUCUUGUGAUAUACUCAAAAUAUCUCCUCAGGAAUAAUUUUACUGAGGUAAUUCCUGAAGAAUGGAGAUUUGCAACCUCUGAGAGUAGGUAUAUUAAUUCAGAAUUGUUUUUGUCCUGGUUCCAAGAAAGCUUUGUCAAACAAUGUGGCAGGGCCCUUCCUAUAUGUGUAGUAAUGAACAAUCAUGUGACACAUCUUAACAAAGAGCUGAUUGACUUUGCCAAAAAGGAACAUAUUGAUAUGAUAUGUGUGCCAGCUAACUCAACGCAUUUGUUGCAGCCAUUAGAUGUAGGUUACUAUCACCUACUGAAGCAAAAUUUUGCAAAUUUAAGUGUUGCAUUGGGUUAUACGGGCAUGAAGACUGUCCCUAAAAAUUAG